AUGGCGGACAAGGUACCUAUCGAUGCGACGGCUGCAGCGACGCUGCUUGGGCGCCUCACCUCAGGCUCUCCGGUCUCCUUGGUUGCCACAGCUCUUGCUGUUGUCUUCGCAUUGCUCCUUGUUAUCGACAAGCUGAUUUCCGCGCCCGUUGACCCUCGCGAGCCUCCCGUCCUCAAGGGCAACUUACCAAUCAUAGGCCAUCUUCUCGGCGUUCACACCCAGUUCCCGGGAGUAUAUGAAAAGCUCGCCAAAAGCACAAAGCUGCCUAUCUGCACCCUUCCCCUUCUUAACAAAAAGAUGUACGUGAUCAACACGGCACCUCUGGUCCAAAGCGCUAUGCGCAACAAGACCUUGGAGUUCGGUGCGCGCAUUGAGGAGAUUGCCCAAGCAAUGGGUGUUGAUGUGACGAUUACGAGGAGGCUUGUUCGGGAGAACGCCAUCGAAGAGAUUUCCAAGAUCACCAUUGCAGCUCUUUCCGGAGACAACUUACUGAACAUGAACUUGAACGCACUGCACUACAUCGGCGACCGGUUCAACGCUGUCAAGUCUGGGUCUCCCGUUGAGAUUAGCGACUUUUACCACUGGACGAGAGAUAUCAUUGGCACCGCCACCACCCGGGCCUUAUAUGGAGAGCACAGCCCGUUCAACAAUCCUGAGCUGGUUGACUCUAUCUGGAAAUAUGAGACAGGCCUCGGAAAGCUUCAGUAUGGAUGGCUCACCAAGAUCAUUGCUGGCAAGGCGUUGAAGGCCAGGAUGACUAUCGUCAAGGGCUUGGCUGGCUUCUAUAUGCAGAAGCUCGACCAAGGAGAAUCUGUUUCAGCUGUGAUUCGUGGUCGCGCAGCUUUCUGGCGAUCUUUCGGCCUCCCCGACGUGACAAUCGGUGCUAUGGACUCGCUUCCCGUUGCAUCAACGGUCAACACGGCGCCGUCAAUGUUCUGGCUUUUGGUCAACAUCUUCUCUGAGCCAAAGUAUCUGGAUCGUCUCCGAAAGGAGGUAGAGACUUCUGGUGUCAUUACCAUCACUGAAGAAGGCGGCCGUCGCGUCGCAAACGUCGACGUCAUGGCACUUGGAAACAAGUGCCCUUACCUUGUUGCCUCUUACCGCGAAACUCUUCGCUUUGAGAACACUGUCACUGGAGCAAGGAUGGUCAUGAACAAGGACACCACUCUGACUGACCAUGAGACGGGACGAGAGUAUCUCCUGAAGAAGGGAAUCGAGGUCCAGUGGAGCGCCUCUGUCAUGCACAAAAAAGAGGUCUGGGGUGAUGACAGGGAGACCUUCAACCCGGAGAGAUGGCUCAGGCCGACUCCUGAGAUCACCAAGGGCUCCAAAGAAUCGUUCGUCCCCUUUGGUGGUGGCAAGCAUCUGUGCCCUGGUCGUAACUUUGCCUUCUCUGAGCUGUUGGGAACACUUGCCGUGUUGGCUGUCGGCUUUGAGGUGAAGGGGGUUCAGGUGCCGGGACAUGCAAUGCUCUUCGAGCAUUCUGGCUUGCGAUCGCCUAUAUACGGCAGCAAGUCGAAGAAGGCAACGUUGACGAGAAGGCAGGGCUGGGAGGACGUCGAGUGGAGAUACCAAUGA